CGCGCUCUGCCGGCGGCGGGCGGGGCCAGCGGGGCCCCAGGCCUGGCUGCGCCACAGGGGCCUGCCCGGGGUGGGCGCGGAGGAGGAGGAGGAGGAGGGACUCAGCAGCGGCAACAACUGACGUGUCCCCAUCAUGGAGCUCAGCGUGAUUCAUCAGCGGCGGCGAGGCGGCCGCGGGCUGCUGCGCACCGUCCCCGCGUAGGCUCGGCGGCGGCGGCAGCAGCCCCGAACCCGCUCUGCCGCCCGCAGCCCGCGCCCGCGGCGGGGCCUCCGGCGGGCGGCAAGAUGGAAGAAAUCCUGCGAAAGCUGCAGAAGGAGGCGUCGGGGAGCAAGCACCGGGCCAUCAAGGAGAGUUGCACCGGGGCCAUCGAAACCUUGGAUUCUCCUGAUGCUGCUACUAAGAUACCUCCAUAUCAGCUAAGGGAGAAGUGUCUCCUUCCUCUCCAACUGGCUCUGGAAUCGAAGAGCGUGAAGCUGGCCCAGCAGGCUCUAGCGGGGAUGCAGAAGCUGCUGUCUGAUGAGAGGUUUGUAUCCGUGGAAACAGACUCCGAUGAGAAGCAGUUGCUAAAUCAGAUGCUGAAUGCCGUCAAAGUGACUCCUUCGCUCAACGAAGACCUGCAGGUUGAAGUGAUGAAGGUCUUGCUCUGUAUAACAUAUACCUCCACAUUUGAGCUGAAUGGGAGUUCAGUGUUGAAGAUUGCUGAGUUGUGUUUUGCAUGCCAUAGAGCUGGAAGUCCCCGAAUGCAUGAAAUGAUCAAAAUGUCCAUUGCACACCUCUUCGGGGUCCUGUGCUCUCGUAUUUUUACUGGUGCUUCUUCAUCAAUGGCCUUUCAAAAGGUUUGCAUUGAGACAUAUAUGUCUAGCUGUCACCAGCGGAGCAUUAACACUGCUGUGCGGGCAACGCUCAGCCAAAUGUUGAGUGACUUGACUUUACAGUUACGGCAAAAGCAAGAAAAUACGACAAUUGAGAACCAUGAUGCCCUGCAGAAAUUCAAGAGUCAAGGUACCUCAGCCGAGUCUCUUAGUGAUGAUGUUGUAUCUGUCCUCACUGUGCUCUGUGAGAAGCUCCAGGCUGUCAUAAAUGACAAUCGACAACUUCAGCUUCUUUACUUGGAGUGCAUCCUCUCCAUGUUAAAUAGCUCCUCUCCCAGCAUGCACCAGCACAAAGGAUUCACUGAUCUGAUAUGGAAGCAACUGUGUCCAGCCCUAGUAGUAAUCCUGGGAAAUCCAAUCCAUGACAAAACUAUCACCUCUGCCCACAGUAGUAUCUGUCUCGAGGCUGAUUCACCUUCCUCGGGGGUCUCUGAUCACGGCCGGGGUUCUGGUUGUUCAUCCACAGCACCUGCCCUUAGUGGGCCCGUUGCACGGACCAUAUAUUACAUUGCAGCAGAACUGGUUCGACUGGUGGGGUCAGUGGAAUCCAUGAAGCCUGUGCUGCAGUCUCUCUAUCAUCGGAUACUGCUUUAUCCACCACCUCAGCACCGAAUAGAAGCCAUCAAGAUUAUGAAAGAGAUACUUGGAAGUCCUCGGAGGCUUUGUGAUUUGGCAGGGCCCUGCUCCUCUGAGCCAGAAUCCAGGAAGAGGUCAAUUUCCAAAAGGAAAUCCCAUCUGGAUCUUCUCAAACUUAUCAUGGAUGGGAUAACAGAAGCUUGCAUCAAAGGUGGUAUUGAAGCAUGUUAUGCUUCAGUGUCCUGCGUCUUUGCCUUGCUUGGAGCAUUAGAUGAGCUAAGCCAAGGGAGGGGUCUUAGUGAGGAGCAGAUACACCUGCUGCACCAACGCCUGGAAGAAUUGAAGGAUGGGACUGAGACGAGCAGAGACUCUAUGGAGAUCAAUGAUGCUGACUUCAGGUGGCAGAGGCGCAUCCUGUCUUCAGAACAUCCUGCCUGGGAAUCAGGAAAUGAGAAGAGUCCUGAUAUUAGCAUUAGUGUUACCACAGACACCGGUCAGACCACUUUAGAGGGGGAUAUGGGACAGACAACUCCAGAGGAUAAUCUGGAAAGUCAAAAAAACUCACUGCCAUCUCCAGCUGCACACGAAAGCAAAGAGAUUCAUUACAGAGAAGCGGAGUCAGAAACCAUUGACCAGCCAGAUGUUGUUCAGAGAAGCCACACCAUAGUCUAUCCGGACAUAACAAACUUUUUGUCAGUUGACUGCAAGACCCGGUCCUAUGGAUCCAGAUACAGUGAAAGUAACUUCAGUGUAGAUGACCAGGACCUCUCUAGGACUGAGUUUGAUUCAUGUGACCAAUAUUCCAUGGCAGCAGAGAAGGACUCUGGCAGAUCAGAUGUCUCAGACAUAGGCUCUGACAAUUGCUCCUUGGCUGAUGAGGAGCAGACACCACGGGACUGUCCAGGUCACAGGUCCUUACGUACUGCUGCUCUCUCUCUAAAAUUGCUGAAAAACCAGGAAGCAGAUCAGCACAGCGCACGGCUGUUUAUUCAGUCACUUGAAGCUCUUCUUCCUCAGCUUAUAGCUCUCCCCAGCAUAGAGGAGGUGGAUGAAGCACUGCAGAGCUUCUCUUCAACCUUCUGCUCAGUUAUUCACCUUAUCCACGCCCCCAAAGUGACGUCAGUGGAAAGUCCAAGAAGGCAGCAGCACAGAGCUUUCAAACCCUCACGAGGUAUGAUGCACUCACCAGGAUUUGAGGGAAACCCAAAUUUCAGCUUCCAGACUCUGAUGAAUGCAGACAGUCUCUACAUGGUCUCACAUUACACUCUGCUGCUCAACCUAAAAUUGUCUAACUCGGACUACUACAGAAAGAAGCCUGCCCAAGCCCCUGUGUUGCUGAAGGAGUUCAUGAAGCAGGUCCAGUCCAGUGGGGUGUUGAUGGUAUUUUCCCAGACCUGGGUUGAAGAACUGUACCACCAGGUACUGGAAAGAAACAUGCUGGGGGAAGCUGGAUACUGGGGAAGCCCUGAAGAGCACAGCCUUCCACUUAUAACCAUGCUGACUGACAUUGAUGGCUUGGGAAGCAGUGCAGUUGGUGGCCAAUUGAUGGCAUCUGCUUCACCACAAUCCCCUCUUUCCCAAAACCGGAAGACAGAUGAUUCUGUUGUUGCAGGAGUUGCUUUUGCCCGAUACCUUUUAAUUGGCUGUUGGAAAAACAUGAUCGACACCUUGUCCACACCACUGACCGGCCGCAUGGCAGGCAGCUCCAAGGGACUGGCGUUCAUCCUGGGAGCGGAAGGAGCCAAGGAGCAGAACCAGAAGGAGAAGGACUCCAUCUGCGUGAGCCUAGAUGGACUGAGGAAGGCAGCCCGACUGAGCUGCGCUCUAGGGGUUGCUGCCAACUGUGCAUCUGCUCUUGCCCAAAUGGCUGCUGCCUCCUGUGUCCAAGAAGAGAAAGAGGAAAAAGAAAUCCAAGAGCCUGGUGAUGCUAUAGCUCAAGUGAAACAGAAAGUUGAGCAGAAACUGGAGCAGAUGGGGAAAGUGCAGGGAGUCUGCCUACACACCGCUCAUGUUUUGUGUAUGGAUGCAGUCCUCAAUGUGGGCCUUGAGAUGGGGAGCCACAAUCAGGACUGUUGGCCUCACGUGUUCAGGGUGUGUGAGUACAUCAGCACUCUGGAGCACACUCACUUCAGCGAUGGUGCUUCCCAGCCCCCUCUGACCAUCACCCAGUCCCAGCAGGCCCCCAGCGGCCUGCACCUGGACUCUGAGCCUGGAGACUCUCCCCAGGAACUGACCCCCGAGCAGGAGACCACCCUCAGCAGCAAUCCUGUCAUUCAGCCGGUUUCCAUCCAGGAUCUCAUCAAGGAGGGCAGCAAGGGCAGAGCUUUUGACUUCCGUGGAGGCAGCCUGCUAUGUGGGACCAGUGCUGCCAAGGCUGUUCUCACACUCUCCACACAAGCUGACAGGCUCUUUGAAGAUGCUACCGACAAGUUAAACUCGAUGGCCCUGGCAGGCUUCCUUUACCAGCUCAAGAAGGCUUCUCAAUCCCAGCUUUUCCAUUCAGUCACAGAUACAGUUGAUUACUCCCUAGCAAUGCCAGGUGAAGUAAAAUCUACACAGGACAGGAGAAGUGCACUUCAUUUGUUCCGACUUGGUGAUGCCAUGCUCAGAAUUGUCCGGAGUAAAUCACGCCCAUUGCUCCACCUCAUGCGCUGCUGGAGCCUGGUGGCACCUCACCUGGUAGAGGCUGCCUGUCAUAAGGAGAGGCAUGUGUCCCGGAAGGCUGUCUCCUUCAUCCAUGACAUCCUGACCGAAGUACUGACAGACUGGAAUGAACCUUCUCAUUUUCACUUUAAUGAGGCACUGUUCCGCCCCUUUGAGCGUAUCAUGCAGCUAGAGCUGUGUGAUGAGGAUGUCCAAGACCAGGUGGUCACCUCUAUAGGAGAGUUGGUGGAAGUGUGUUCUACCCAGAUCCAGUCAGGAUGGAGACCCCUGUUCAGCGCCCUGGAAACGGUGCACAGCAGCAGCAAAUCAGAGGUUAAAGAGUACCUUGUAGGAGAAUACUCCAUGGGGAAACGCCAGGCUCCGGUGUUUGAUGUCUUUGAAGCAUUUCUAAAUACAGACAGCAUCCAGGUCUUUGCUAAUGCUGCCACCAGUUACAUUAUGUGCCUUAUGAAGUUUGUCAAAGGACUGGGGGAAGCAGAUUGUAAGGAGAUGGGUGACUGUGUGCCAGGAUCAGGAUCCACAUCUACAGACUUGUGCCUUCCCGCGCUUGAUUACCUCAGGAGAUGUUCUCAGUUGUUAGCCAAAAUCUAUAAAAUGCCCUUGAAACCCAUAUUCCUCAGUGGCCGGCUGGCUAACUUGCCCCGAAGAGUUCAGGAACAAUCAGCCAGCAGUGAGGAUGGUAUUGAGUGCAUCCUUUCUGACUUUGAUGAUGACACUGGCCUUAUCAAUGUCUGGAUUAUUCUGCUGGAAGAAUUAACAACUGCUAUAUCCAACUGUCCCCGCCAGCACCAGCCUCCCACUCUGGAUCUGCUCUUUGAAUUGCUGAGGAAUGUUGCCAAGACACCUGGCCCAGGAUUUGGCAUUUAUGCGGUUGUACAUCUUCUUCUUCCUACGAUGUCCCUCUGGCUCCAUCGUAGUCAUGGUGACCAUUCUUACUGGGAUGUGGCAUCUGCUAAUUUCAAGCAUGCCAUUGGCCUUUCCUGUGAACUAGUAGUGGAGCACAUUCAAAGUUUCAUACACUCAGAUAUUGGUUAUGAAAAUAUGAUCAAUACUAUGCUAAAAGAUCUUUUCAAGUUGCUGGUGGCCUGUGUAGCAGAACCAACAGAAAUAAUUUCCAGAGUUGGCUGCUCCUGUAUCAGAUAUGUGUUAGUGACAGCAGGACCUGUUUUUACCGAAGAGAUGUGGAGGCUUGCAUGUUGUGCCUUGCAGGAUGCAUUCUUUGCCACUCUGGAGCCAGUAAAGAACCUGUUGGGCUAUUUCCACAGUGGUUCUGAAAGCUUUAGUGGAGAUGCCUGUGAAGUGAAGGUGGCAGCCCCCUCCCUCUCGCCAAGUGCUGAAGCUGAAUACUGGAGAAUCAGAGCCAUGGCACAACAGGUCUUCAUGUUGGAAACCCAGUGCUCUCCAAAGACUCCUAGCAACAAGGAAGGGUUUGAACAUGCCCAGUCUUGUGUCCUCAUCAUUGACCUGCCACCAGAUAAGAAACCAAAUGGGCAUACCCAGAGAAGUAUUCCUUUCAGGACAAUAGUAGUGAGCUUGCUGUCCCACCAAGUACUGCUGCAGAAUUUAUAUGACAUCUUACUGGAAGAAUUUGUGAAAGGCCCCUCUCACUUGGAGGAGAAAAUGACAAUACAAGUACCAGAGAACAAGUUGGCUGGUUUUCUCAGGUACAUCUCCAUGCAAAACUUGGCUGUCAUCUUUGACUUACUGCUGGAUUCAUAUCAAACAGCCAGAGAGUUUGACACCAGACCUGGGUUGAAGUGUUUGCUGAAAAAAGUGUCUGGCAUUAGUGGAGCUGCCAACUUGUAUCGCCAGUCAGCAAUGAGCUUCAACAUCUACUUCCAUGCUUUGGUUUGUGCAAUCCUGACGAACCAGGAGAACAUCACUGCAGACCAAGUGAAAAAGAUCCUGUUUGAAGAUGAUGAGAGAAGCACAGACUCCUCACAGCAGUGUUCUUCAGAAGAUGAAGACAUUUUUGAAGAAACUGCCCAAGUUAGUCCUCCCCGAGGAAAGGAGAAGAGACAGUGGAGGGCUCGAAUACCAUCUCUGAGUGUACAACCUGUCAGCAAUGCGGACUGGGGCUGGUUAAUCAAGCGACUUCAUAAGCUCUGCAUGGAACUGUGCAACAACUACAUCCAGAUGCAUCUGGAUCUGGAGAAUAAUGUAGAGGAGCCUCCAGUGUUCAAAGGCGACCCUUUCUUCAUUUUACCAUCCUUUCACUCAGAAGCCUCCACCCCAUCAACGGGAGGGCAGUCUGGGAAAGAGACACCCUCUGAAGAUGACAGGAGUCAAAUCAGGGACCAGCUGGGAGACAUCCUGACACCCAGAGGAGGGAGUGGAGAAGUGCUGCUGCUACCCCCACCUCUAAGUCCUACACCAGAGAAAAAAGAGCAAAGCAGGAAAAAAGAAUGGUGGGAAAGUGCUGGCAACAAGAUCUACACAAUAGCCACUGACAAAACCAUCUCCAAGCUCAUGACAGAAUACAAGAAAAGAAAGCAGCAACAGGCCAUGACAUCCUUCACCAAAGAGGUCAAAGUGGAAAAGAAAGGGGAGCUCCUGGGCUCAAGAGGGCAGGACUCACCCAUACUGCAGCGGCCACAACAUCUUAUAGAUCAGGGUCAAAUGAGGCAUUCCUUCAGUGCUGGCCCAGAGAUCCUGAGACAAGAGAAGCGACCACGCUCAGGAUCCACAAUCAGCUCCCUGAAUAUAUCUGUUCGAGAUGCUGAGGCCCAGAUACAGGCAUGGACCAACAUGGUGCUGACAGUUCUCAACCAGAUUCAGGCCCUGCCAGACCAAACGUUCACAGCCCUCCAGCCAGCAGUGUUCCCCUGUAUCAGUCAGCUGACUUGCCAUGUGACAGAUAUCCGCGUCCGCCAGGCCGUGCGGGAAUGGCUGGGAAGAGUGGGCCGGGUUUAUGAUAUCAUCAUUUAAAUUAGCUGUGCUCUGUUACAAAGGGAAGAAGACAUCGAAGGUAUACAGCAAAGUGUCUGGGGUUGAUCAGUUGCCUAGCUGUGGGUGAUAAAUUAUGAAACAAUGAGCUUGUCAAUGUAUAUCCUCUAUCCACAUGAGACUGUGUCUGUCUUUCACACUAGCACAGAAGGCAAAGCAGGAGUGCGUUCCUGGGGUUUUGCAGUGGCCCCAGAACCCAAAAACUGCAGGUAAAACAGGCUGGUUCCUAAAGGAAUACAGUUCAAUAGCCUUCAUUUUAAUUCAGAUUUGUAACAGUGGUAGCCACAUUAAACUGCAGGUGAAGUUUCAUAUUUGCACUUAGCUGUGGAUGCAACUGUUAUCUGGAUGUCAAACCUAUGUAAAAGGCAAGAAAAAGAUGAGGCUGUAGCAGAAGUAAAAAACAUUACACUUGCUUAGGGUAAAGUUUUCCCCUUGGAAAUUAGCAUGAGAGAGGAAAUCCAAAUAAAGGUUAUUGUAAUAACUAUAUGCCUUGCUCACUAGAGAAAGUGGAAAUUUAUUCUGCUCUGAGAAGAGCCUUUGAAGUCUGGUCACACACAGGGUGGCUAGUGAGCUACUAAUGAAAUAUCCCAGGUCUAAAACUGGUGAACCGAGCACAGGCUAUUCACUCUUUUAUUGCCCUUGUGGAGUAUUGCUUGAAGAAAAAUGGCACUGUCAAGCUUUUCUCUCUACAACAGUACCCUGGCUGCCUGUUCAGCUAUGCUUACAGCUGAUUAUCUUUCCAUGUGUAUAAUUCCACCUGAGAGCAACAGGGAAGUUUUGUUUUGCUGUUCCCUGUGAAGCUGAGGGAAAGGCACACCAGCGAGCAAAGCUACAGCCAAGGCCACGUGCCUAUAUCCAGCAUUCAACUAAACCGAAGGGAAAUUAAGUGUUCCAGUUCAAGCAACACUACCGCCAAGUUGGCUUAUGCUUUUACUGGAAACGUACUUUUGCCCAUGUAGGGCUUCUGCAGCCAGGAGGCCCCUCAUCACCUACACUGAACUUAGCCCGUCACCCCACGCUGAGCUGAAUCAUGAUGGAAACCAGUCUGAGAAGAAGGUACCUUUUCCUUUUUCUCUCUGAGUUCUGGCAUGCUGCUGUAAAUAGAGGGGGACAGAUCCUGAUGUAGGUAUAUCUCCUGUGCAACACUUUGAUGAGGGCUGCUACAGUUUGCUGCUAGACACUCUGCUUUUAAAUGUGAGGGGGAGAAGGGAAGGAUUGACUAAUAUUGUCAAAUAUGUAGGGGACACUAGUCACACUAGAUAGAGUGAAGGUUACUUUGGCACACAAAUUAUGUCACAGCCCCAGAGAUAUUCCAUCUCAUACUCCCAUACUAAACAAUUUACUAAUUGAUUUUAAUCUUGGUUGACCCCUUAAUGAUGUUCUCCCAAAGCUUUCUAAAAUGUGCACACCAACUAAAUAUACAGCUUCAGUUCCUGCUCCAAAUAUCCUCAGAAACAGCAUCUCAUUAUAUCAGGCCUGGACUUUGCACAACUAACUUUUUAGGAUCUUAAACUGGAGAAAGAGAGGGUCAGUCCAAGAGGAUCCACUGAACAGCCAUCACCUUAGUUGAUGUGUCCACUAAGAGUCUGCCCAGAUUUCUGCCUCUUCCAUCCAUCCCCAACUCCCCAUUUGCCAACUGCUAGACUAAUGCAAAGAAUAUUUUGUCCUGUAACUUUCUGUGGUGUCAAUCACACAGUUUCUCUUUCUUUCAUAACUUCCCAUUGCAAAAUUGUUCCUUAAAAAACACCUCUUUCUUACCACCCAUUUUGACUUUUUGAUACAAUUGUUAAAUUACUCAUUUAAUUAUAAAUUUUCCCUGACAGACUUAUUUAUUCCUUGGGGAUAAGUGAGAUUAGCCCUUGGUAUGUGGGAGAGUGGUGGGGUGGUUCGAUUUCUGUUGCUGUGUCUUUCUUGCUUAUCUUUAGGCAGACUAAAGGGAUGAUUAUAUUUUUGUUCUGAAAGUUUUUGGGGGGCAUAUAUACAGAACUGCUUUUAAAGCAGUAGAUUAAGUAGGAGCAAUAAUAGAAAUCAGUAUCACCAAACUGUAUGCAAAACAUCCUACUCUGCUGUUUUUCAUUAUACGUGAUUGAUUGAUUGAUUAGAUUCAGAUGCUGGCUGUGCUUAUCUAAAACUUAAGUAAAUCCUUGAUUUAUAUUGGAGAAGUGAAAAUUUAUAGCAGUGUCAAUAAAAUCAGUCAGAUUCCAGACGGCCUAGUAGCUAGGAAACACUCUGGUUAUGUAUUGCAGUUACAGUACAAAAGUGCUACAAAACGAAAAGCUCUAGGAAAGACAAUAUCCAAAAGAAAUGCACAUGGACAUGACGUAGCCUAAUGCUACUUGCUUAGCCAGCUUCUUUACCCAAAUACUGUUUCAUUUCCACUUUUUAUGCCACGACCCCCAUACUGGAAUUGACUAGGAGUAAAUCUGCUGUAUUGUUCUUGCCCAUAUUUUAACCACCCGUUCUCCAGAUUAUGCACUAAGUGCCCAUUGUCACCCUCAGUGCCUCUGUUCGUUAAUAUCCCUCCCCCAGAGAACCAUAAGAGGGCAUGAGUAACUCUGAGUAAUUACAGAAAUCUCAUGUAAAAGGAGAGAAAAAGAGAAAAAUGAAUCUUUAAACUAGCACAAUUUAGUUUAUGUUGCUCUUCCUUUUCUUUAUAUGUAAAAUGGGAAGCAUGGGGACGGCAGGCCACGGCCACUUCAUGACCGAUUAAUCUGACGUGCAGAAUUAUUUCUGAUACACUUCUGAAAUUAAAAAUACAUGGACUUGGUCACAUUCUCAACCAUUUUUGAUAGUUUAACCAUAGACAUCAGAGAGCCCCAAAUAGGUAAAUCAGCUAUUGUCACCAUCUCAGACCUGUGCAAUCUGUUUUUGUGCAUACUUUGGGCUGCUUGGCUUAAGGCUGCCAACAUGCUAUGCUCAGGUCUCACAAAGCAAGCUUUUAGCCCAAAAAAGGAGCUUGCUCAAAAUAGUGCCAGGAGAGGGUGCUUGCGCCAGCCGGUCGUAAGCUUGCAGAAGGGACUCCCGAGUUCUGCAUUCACUGAUCGUGUCCAUCUACACCACACUACGGCUGCCUUUCUGCUUCCCACUUGUGAGUGAGGAGUACCUCAGGAAGUAGCACAAAGUAGCCCUUGUCUCCACACAUGUAAGUCUUUCCCACAUAACCAUUCAAAUCUUUCCUUACAGCCCCAGUAUAAUGUAACGCAUGAGGUACCAGCAGCAUAUUAACAGCUAUACUGUUGAAUCAAAAAAUUUGUCGAGCCUUGAAAAACGCAGUCCAUGCAAUGUAGACUGAGCUUGCCCUGGCUCUUCUCUUCACUCUGGUUAAUAGCUACAGUCUCUCUUUACUCACGUCUCUUUGUGUCACACAAAUUUCUAUAUGAGUUGGUUUUGUUUUUUAUGUAACUGGCCAGAAGACAGUGAGUUUACUAAUUCUGUCAGUUCCAGUUCUGCUGAUUCUACAAAUCCUUCUAAAUAACUUUGCAGUAAGUUUUAAGAUGUGUUCUCCCUCUUAUCUUCAGGGAAAGAGACUGUUCCCAUGCUAUAGUGUGUCACCUGUGCUCUUCUGUUGUUUAAGGACUCUUUAUAAAUUGCACAGAUAGUGUUUUAAGUCCAAGAUGGGCUGGCACAGCAUUCUUGGGCAUUAUUUAUUAACUGGAAUUUUGUUUGUGGAAUUCUACAUUGUCAGUUUUGAAAUUUACUUCUGUUGUUUAAAUAGAGGAAUUGGUAUCCCUCUUCCUCUCUUCUGUCCUUUCUAGCUAGGGAAACAAAUCUGAAGUUGCAAACGCAGCUUUUUACUCUAACAUUUCAGAAUAGUUUGAUUUGUAGGCCACGAGUUUUAGAUAAAUAAAUCAGAAGCCUCUGCUUUAGUAAGGAUACAAGCCAGAUAAUCUGUUUAUAAGAGGCCAGGAAACUAUGUAAUAAAUCAAAUGAUCAUUUUUGACCUUUGUUUUAUUACCUGCUGAUUUUAAAAUUAGAGAAUACAAUUCAAAUAGUAAAACUGGUAAUUGUAUAACAAUUCCUAUAAUGUGAUAUGAUAAUUUAGACACUAUGGCUAUAAGUCCAUCCAAACUAAUAGUAUGUUCAUUAACAGAAGCUGAUUUAUACAAAUGAAAUUUGAAGAGAUGUAUUGCAGCUAUCCCUAGCUGUGGUAAACUGGUAUCAGAAAUGCAGAAGUCCCCAUUAAAGCUUUAAGUACUACUGCCUUAAAAAAAAAGAAAAGAAAAAGUGGCCAUCAGGAAUCAAACUCAGGUAACAGGCCUGCAUUUUAGCUAUGCUGCCCUUGGACUAUUUCACAUUGCCUCCAUCAGGCUGUUACAGGUGGAGGGUCACUACAGAAAUAGAUGCAACAUGCUUUCUUUUUAAAAAUGUUUCUGGCAGCCACUGACAGAGAAAAUUGCCAGAAUCACAUACCCUUACUUUCAUGAAAUAGCUCUUUACCAUAAAAAUAUUUAAAGCUAAAAAAAAAAAAGAGAGUGAGAGAGGGGAAGAAGCAUACAUAAAUGUAUGCUUGUACAGCAUAUAGGUUUGCAUGUUAUUUUGUAGUGCAAUGAUAUGCAGAUAUAUGAAAAGAUUGAUCUGUUUAUAUGUAGAUUCCUGUGGCUCCAGUCACUGUCGUAUUCUGAGCACUCUGCAUGUUUACAGAGUGAUAGCUACAUUAGUAAUAUGUUUGUCAUGCUCUCUGUGAAUAUUUGUCACAUCAGCAAUGGUUAAUACAGUUCUGGUAACUUCACCACAGGAGUCUUUUGUGAGCAUUCAUCAGCCUUGGAAUUAACAUGACCGUCUUUUGGUGAACAUGUAUACUUUUCUAAGAUAUUAAGAUACAGAUACAGUACUCUUACAGAGGUAAACACUCACUUUAGCAUAAUUAACUUAUUUCAAUAUACUGAAAAAAAUAUUAGGGAAAGAUUUGCAUUUGUAAAUUUUUUCUUUGUAAAACUCCAAACACAUGGAACACAUUUAGUCUGUGUCUCAUCACAGCUAAAAACUCAUGCCCUCUAGAGUAGAGCUGACUCACAAUAUAAUUUCAUGUCAAGUUUAAAUACGUAAACUUUACCAUAAAAUUCACUGGAAAGUCCUCACCUGCCAAGGAGAUGAGCACAACUGUAAAUGCCAUGUGUUUCCACAGCCCUACUCUCCAUCUGCACUUGAUACAGUAGCAUCUCCAUGUUGGUACCUCCACUGUGAAGCUAGGUGCAGGAUCCAUAUGCAAUUGAAUAACAGAGAAGCUAGCAAGUAGUGACAUCUAGCUGUGCAUGCUACCUGCAGUUUAUAUCUCCCUGUGCAACUUAGGCCCAUGUUCAAAGUGCCAAAGCCAUGAGAGUUACGUACCUGGAUACCUUUAAUACCCUGGACACAAUCCUUGAAUCCUUCAAUCCUUACGUGCAGGUUUACAAAUUCUCAGGAAGGGGGGAGUCUUGUACUGUUCUUGAUGUCACCCUCUCUGUUACUGUCCCCUAUACACCUCCCCCUUGAAAGUCCACAGGAACUAGCACUUACUCUUGUGCAUCCCAGUAUCCUGAAACCAGAACUUUCACUUUUGCACAGGCCCAGUUUUAAUGUUUAGGUGGCUGAGCAUAGCAGGCCAAAAUAAUUUAUUUCUACCUAGCUCUUCUGUGUAGAAACUUCUUCCAAAAUUUAGCAUGUGGUUUAGCUGUUUACCCCUUUAGCAAUGCGUUCUAGAAAUAGUAUUACUCGAUGGUUAAUUCUUUUUAAUUAAAAAGAAAAUUCCUUUCUUUCCUAGUCCUUAUUUUUGUGUGGGUAUGAUAAGAUUAUGCUUAAGCAAAUCAUUUAAUCGUUAUUCUGGUUACAGUCAUUUCUGGGAAGAGCUAUGUAUACUGCCGAUUGUGGCAUGUGACAGGAAAUACAGGUAGGGUUUUGCUUCUUUUUUUUUUUUUUCCCCCCCCCAUUUCUGAUCAUUCCACAAUAAUUUGAAGAAAUCAUGCAAAAAAAAAAAAAGAAAAGAUUGUCUUGUUUAGUCUAAAAGGACCAAGUUACCAUAGCACAGAAGCACAAAUGUUGGAUUUUAUGCAAUGUAGAUUGCAUCUGGCAGCUAGAGAUCCCUGUUUUCUGAAUCUCCCUGUUUUAAGUAGCACUUCUGUAGGGACACAACAUAAGGCUCCAUUAGCAGCCCUCACCAGCAGCACACCUGGGACUCCAGGAAGUUGUACAGCUGCAAGGAAUGAGUCGCAUCUCCUCUCUCUGUUUUUUCCACUAAUCUCCCUCAGAACAUACCCUUUAACCUAACUGUUUUCUUUUUAAAUAACCAGCCCCACCACAUUUGGCCAAAGCUGCUUGUUUAGUAUGAUAUUAUACAAACACUGCAAAAAUAUGCAUCAUUCUUUUCACUUAAUGCUCAGAGGUUCAAAUUAAGAACUAAAAGCGAAGGGAAGAGAAAAUGCCCUAAUUCAGUGGAUAUCAGUGGAGCUACACGGUGUGAUCCUGGAUUAGUGCAAUAAUGAGCUCGUCUGUGGAGCCAGAUUCCUCAAAUCCUAUUUAUUUUAGGACAAGUUGAAGUUUGCUUGCUCUCCACUGCCACAUUGAUUCACAGGCCUGAGCUUAUAGAGAGCGCCUUUUGUUAAGAAACAUGACAAUAGGAUCUGUUUCAACUUUUUUUGCCCCAAGGUCCCACUCAUCAGAAGGUAAUUUCAUCUAAAUGCCAUGGAGCACUAGGGCCCAAUUUCCUAUUCUCACAUUUGGGUAAUCUGGGCUGUAGUGAGUGUCAGCAUGAGGAAACUGCUUCCACAAGAAGCAAGCUGAAACAGGAGAGAGCUGAGCUAGUGGAGAGGCACAGGUACACAGGUUCAGCAAGGGACAAAUAUCACCUCCAUAAUCACCUAAGACCCCAGCUCUGCAGAGGAAGACAGGAUUUGAUACCAAAGAGAGCAGCCAGGAAGGGCAGAGCACUAUUGUACCAGAGCCAUGACCUGCACAGUGUUUGCUGGAGCAGGUGGGAAUGAAAGAUUUAAAAGUAUGCAGUGACAGCAGCAAGCACCUUUCUUCAGUUCUCCUCAUUCCCUUCCCCCCAUUUUGUCAUUAUUUAUGAUACUGUAAACAUACUUGCUUGGGCCCCAAUUCAGUUUUCAGCCUUGGCUGAAGGGAAGAAUUAAAAAAAAAAAAAAAAAAAAAAAAAAGAGCCAAAGGGAGUGGACACUCCAUUUUGCCAAAGACCAAUGAAAAUCAAAUUUUCAGUAUUCCCAUGAUGAGGCUGCCAUAAGAAGCAUUUUACUACAAAACAUGAUUCCCAAGACUUCAUCUCUAUAGCUGUAUAUUCAGGAGGAGCCACUAGUAUUUUUAAGAAAGACUGUAAAUGACCUUUGUCAAGAGAGUUCAUACACUGGGUUUACCUUCUACAGAUUUCAUAUCUAGCUGCAGUUCCCCAGUUUUAUUCAUUUCCUCCAUCUUUCUGCCCUUAUUUAGAGAAACACCUCAUAUCUGCUGCGGUUUUUUUGUGCUGCUAGCUUUGUUUGGUUCUUAGGUGUUCAUUGUUCAGGCAGUCACUGUAAGCUGGCUUGCAAAUUGUAUUUUGUGUAUAUGUUAUUCAGACUGAAUUCUGAAAUGGAAAUAUUUUAAAACAAAAAAAUUAUAAACUAUUUAUGUUGCUUGUGUUGUAGAAUAAAGAAGCAAAUGCAAAAUAAAUCUUGCUUUUGUUUUGUCUAAA